AAGAUAUUACCAUCUAGUCUAAACAAAUUAAAGGACAUGCCUGAAAAAUUGUUUUCGUCAUAAAAAUUUGAACGAUUAUCAUCAACGCGCUCUAAUUUAUCAGUAUAUGUAAACAAAAGUAAAUUUUGAGAUCAGAUGUUAUAUACGUAUGUAUGUAUGUAUGCGCUGUUGCAAGCGACACGACGGAUGUUUGGAAAUGUAUCCAACCGGAUCAAACUGUGUUUCGUAAGUAUUUAAAGCUGUUUAAGCUAUUUAACUAUUCCAAUAAUAUUUAUUUUCACCUUUACUACCAAUAUUUUAAGAACGAUAUGAUUAUCAAAUAAUAACACGACAAUUAUAUUAAAUAUUUAUUGUAAUCGACUGAUGAUCGAACCGAAUCGUUGGAUUCGUAAUCACUCAAUCGAUCGUUUGAUCGAUGAAUCAUAUAUCCUCUACCGUUUACGUAACUUAAAAGAACUUUUAAACUUACAGAUUUCCAUACGUUUGAAUGCCGUUGUACUUGAAAAAUUGACUCAAUUUCUUCGUAAUACUGUCGAUUCUUCUCGUGAUUCUGGGAAUAUACUAUCUUUUGAGGCCACGGAACCCUUUCGAGGCAUAUGAUCUACCACACAAGAGCUCUACUAGGUAGCACAUGGGAGUAGAUAUUAACGCGAAAGUCAUUCGCAAACGUGGUUCAGGAAAUUUAUAACCUGAUACCAGACGCGAAAUACGUGGGACUCUACAACAGAAUGACACCGGUCUUGAUGAUUCCCGACGAAAAGUUGAUCAAAUCCAUUACCAUAAAAAAUUUCGACUAUUUUCAACAACAAACAAGAACAAAUAGACAGCUUCUUCAGCAGUAUGCCAACGACGUGUUCGCGAUGUGUGCUUUUGGUAUCGUGAUGGAUUCAUUGGCCGAUCGAAAAAAUAAAUUUUAUACUUUAGGCAGAGAGACUUUAGAUAUUCACAGCGUAACGAUUCUCAAACUUAUCGUGAUAAAAAUAUUCCCAGGAUUAGCCAGAAGAUUUUGUAUAACGUUAUUAAGCAGAAAAAUGACGGAUUUCUUCAAAGAAGUGACCAAAGGUAAAUUAGACUCGGGAAAGGAUCUCACCGUUGAUGAUAUCACUGCCCAAGCAUUUAUCUUCUUUUUUGGAGACUUCGAGACUACAUUCGGACUAUUAUGCUUUGUUGCUCAUGAAGUGGCUGUGAAUCCCGAGGUUCAGGAAAGACUGCAUGCUGAAAUCGAUUGCGUUUUGGCCGAUUCCAGCAGGGAGUUCACUUUCGAAAUAUUCAACAGUCGUUUAGGGUAUCUCGACGCUGUGAUCAUCGAGACACUGAGAAUGUAUCCAAUUAUACCUAUCACCGAUCGAGAAUGCUCGAAAUCAUUCGAACUACCUCCAGUUCUGCCAGGAGUGAAACCAUACGUAAUGAACGAAGGUUCUCAUCUGUGGUUGCCGAUCUACGCGAUCCAACGCGAUUCAAAAUAUUUUGAGAAACCGAAUACCUUCGAUACAGAUCGAUUUUUGGAUAAGAAGAGUAAUCUCGUUAACAGCGGAGCGUAUUUACCAUUUGGCAUGGGUCCGAGAAAUUGUAUCGCCAAGACGUUCGCAUUAAUGAAGGCUAAAGUCGCAUUGUUCCAUAUUUUUGCCCGUUGCUGGCUCGAAGUUUGUUCCGAGACGACGAUGCCUAUGAAAUUGAAGACAAGAGGAGUGUUUCUUAGGCGAAAAAUGGAUUUUGGUUACGGAUAGUUCCGAUAAACAUUUAAUUAAUCGAAGAAACGUUUAAUUAAUCCGUCGAAUUGAAUUUUAUUAAAAUCUUAUAAGGUGGUAAAAUUGAUAAAAUCUGGCAGUAUGAACUGGCUGAAGGAAGAUUGUGAAUGAAGAAGUUAUAUGAGAUUAGUGAAUUAUUUUGAAUUAAGAAGAAUCAGUAUGAAUCGAUCAGUGGAAUGAUAAAAUGAACAAAUAUAUCAGAGUAAAGGUAUACAAAUAAUACGUAAUAUUUAGAUCUCAAGUUAGCAGCACGAAUUAAUAAAGAGAAAUUUGCUGGGAGAAAUUUUAAACGAGUUUAAUUGCCAGAGAAGAAGGAAAGCUUGCUUGUGAAUACUCGAAGAGAAAUGGUUGUUCUGAAUAAGAAGACUAAUCGUAUUGUACCUUUAGAAUUGAUUUGCUUCGCGUAUCUUUUUGAGUUCGAGUGGUCUCUUUGAUGUGAAUUUGAAGCGUAUAUUUUAUUACGAAUUUUUAUCAGAUAAGCAACAAUAUUAGUAAAUAUUUAUCUGUAUACACGAGUGAAAUCCAUUAGUAUACAUAAAGUGAAUAACGUGUAGGUUUAGGCAAUCAAUAAGAUUGACGUAAUUUACAAAAGCUUGAAUACAGAAAUCUUGAAAGUAUUUACAGCCCCGGUGAAAAAUCUAACAAUAUAUAAAACUUAUUAGCAGUGAAAAUGGUUAACUGGUUCGAUAGUAGUAUACUUAUAUAUACCUAAUAUAUGUAUAUCUAUACUUAAGUGGUAGAAAUGUUCGUGUAAGCCUAAACGAUCUCAAAGGUAUGUAUAUCGUAUAAAAUUGCAACAUAUCACAUACAUAAUUAAAAGACCGAUAAAAUGAAACAAUACAAUUUUUGUUGUUGUCGCGAAAAAUUUUAACAUAAUGGAUUUUACGAUCCAUUCUUACGGGCCCAUAGAAGAAUGUACAUACUUUUAUGUGUGUAUGUAAAACUUGCAGUUAAUUGGAUAAUUAGUUUUCACAACAACCAAUAUCAUAAAUAUAGCUUUGGGAUACAGGCUUCUAAAAUUGCACUCACGUGACUUUGUACAUCUUUAACUUCGUUAAUAUUUCAAAUUUCCGUAUGAAAUUUUCCGCGCAUAUUCCGAAUCGAAUAUCUCGCUUUUCGAAAAUAUAAAAAAAAAUUUCAAUUUUUCAAUAACAUUUAGGAAACUUGUACAAAGAAAUACGUGUUUGAUUUGGCAAGAUAUUAAUUUCGCCAAAUAUGAAAUGAUUCGAAUUUAUAUUAGGAUAUUAUAUUAGACAAAAAAGAAACGACAAUUGUGCAGAUUUCUUUAUACUUUGAAGUUUUACGUUUAUCAUAUUUCGCCGUAUAUCGAAGAGUACCCUUACUUGCUUUCAUUUUUGUACAGUAUAAUAUGUACGAAAUUUUGGCAAAAAAAUAUAUUAAAUAUACUUUUGGACAUUGUUUCGGUUUCUAUAUUAUAGCGUCAAGUUUCAUACUUUCGUCGUUUGAUUAUUCUCACUGAAUCCCUGCAUUAACUACAUUAUUUCAUAUUCACAAAAUUUAUGCGAUUUUAUAUUACGUUAAAUCAUAAUUCUUUGGGAAAGAAAAUCUAGAAAAGUUUCAAAUACAGCAUAGGAAAUUCAAAUAUUAUCCGAAAAUAAUAUCCAUUUUUUCUUCGAUCAUCUUAAUUUACAUUAUUGUCUAAUAGCAUCGCAUAAUUGUAAUUAAGAAAAUUUUUCUAGUCGAGCAAUUUUCAAAGGAAUAGUGGCAUAAAAAUAAAGACGAUUAUGACUCAUUUUUAUGCAGUCUAAUAAGUAAAAAAGCGAUAAUAACGCGAAACAAUGUAUAAACAUACAAAUGCACGAAGGACAUCUAUAUUUGAUAAGAUAUAUUUACCUAUUAGACAGAUAAAAACUAAAAUAAUAAAGCAUAGUUGACGACUAAAUCACCAAUAAUUUCUACAAUAUCAACGCUAAACGGUAGUUAGAAAUCAGAGAUAUCCAGAGAAUACACAGUCGAGAAAUACACAGAAAUUUGAUAAGACUUAUUAUCUCACAUACAUAAUACAAAUGUUUGCACGCUCUAGCAUAAAUAGCCCAAUGGCUAUAAACAGUUACAUCAACCCGUCAUAGCCAGUCAGUACGCACGCAGCGCUCUAGCAUGAGCAUCAUUCAAUCGCGUCUCCGGCCACUCUCUCACAUGAGAAUAUCCAUAUACGUUGACAGCUUCUAAGCUUUUUUUUAA